GCAAUUUCAGACGUGGUGGUCCCGAGUUAUUUUUCGGUGAGUUUUAGCUCUAAGCUCAUACGAUGGAAGAUCUGGAAGAUAGAUGGAAACAAUUACGUCUUUCAAAAGAGGAGGAGGUGGUUCUUGAGUCCCCUUUAGGGGAGGAUGAGCAAGUGAAGCGAAAGGGUGAACGUAGUCUUAUUGGGAAAGUCUGUAGUGAUCGUGUUGUUGGUAAGGACCUGAUAUCAAAUUUGAUGGCUAAGAUCUAGAGGAUUAGUAAAAAAGUUGUGUUCUGAGAGGUGGAGAGGAAUGUUUUCGUGGUGACUUUUGCAACGCAUGCAGAUAAAGACAGAAUUCUAGAUGGACGGCCAUGGCUUUUUGACAAUAUGUUGUUUUCUCUGCGUCCUCAUGAUGGUGGGCUCCAGUCUGCACAGAUUAAAUUUGAAACUGAGGCUUUCUGGUUACAAAUGCAUAACCUUCCUCUAGGGAAGAUGACGAAGGAAUAUGGGGAGCAGAUUGGUGCCUCGGUAAGGUUUUAGAGGUGGAUGUGGCGGAAGAUGGUGUAGGGUGGCCCAGUUAUCCUGUAUCUAAAGACUCACUAAAUUAAUUGUUGCUUCACAAUUAAUUUAUCUCAAUUGCCAAAGGAAACUCAGAAUGUUAGUGGUAAACUUCAGUGUUUGCAGAAAGGGGGAGGCAAAUGGAAGAGAAGGGCUCGCAUUCAAGGUUGUUGAUCUGUGUUGGAGCCCACCAUCGGAUUCCUCUUAUAAGCUAAAUUUUGAUGCUACAUUUGAUUCUGAAAAGAAGUUGAUGGGUAUUGGUAUUGUGGUAAGAAAUUAUAGGGGUGAGGCUAUGAUCGUGGUUACUGCUCCAAGGAGUCAUCUACGUUAUGCUUAUUCGGCAGAAUGCUAUGCUCUUAUAAGAAGCAUCAAGUUAUGCAGAGAAAUGAGGUUGCAGCAGGUGGUUAUCGAGGGAGAUGCAAAGUCAAUAAUUGAGGAUGUUAUUGGUCAAUCUACUAAUAGUUCUUGGCAAGGAAUUCUGAUUGAAGACAUUAAAUAUUUAUUAAAGGGAAUGAAUGGUUGGAAGCUGAGCUUUGUUAGGAGAGGUAGCAAUAAGGUUGCACAUAUUGCAGCUAAGUUAGGCAUGUGUUUUCAGAUUCUGAGUCAGUGUGGAUUGAAGAUGGUCCUCCUGUAGUUAUGUCUGCCAUUUUGCUUGAGUUACCAUGUAAUGAUUGAUUCUCCAAUGCAAUUAUUUUCCUUUCAAAAAAAUAUAUAUAUAUUGGUUGACC